GGCGCCUUUCUUGACCGUCACGAGAUCCAGCUGCUUCGGGGCUGACAGAAAUGGACUCAGAAGUAAAGGAAGAAAUUCCUCUGCAUGAAGAAUUCAUUCUAUGUUGUGGAGUUGAAACCCAGGUUUUAAAAUGUGGGCCCUGGACUGACCUCAUCAAUGACCAAAGUGCCACCAGGCCUAAGUUGCUGAUUUUCAUUAUUACUGGUAACCCAGGUUUUUGUGCCUUCUAUGUGCCAUUCAUCAAGGCCUUGUACUCUGUAACAAAUAAACGCUUUCCAAUUUGGGCCAUCAGUCAUGCUGGGCAUGCCAUGUUACCCAAAGACAAGAAGAUUCUUCCAACCUCAGAGGAUCCCAAUGCUCAAGAAGUUAAAGACGUCUAUGGACUCUGUGGUCAAGUAGAACAUAAACUGGCUUUCCUGAGGACUCAUGUGCCCAAGGACAUGAAACUUGUGCUCAUUGGUCAUUCAAUAGGCUGCUAUAUGAGCCUCCAGAUUUUGAAGCUUGCCCCUGAACUUCCAAUAAUUCGCUCCAUUCUGCUCUUUCCAACAAUUGAGCGGAUGUCGGAGUCCCGCAAUGGCAGGAUCGCCACUCCACUCCUGUGCUGGUUCCGGUAUGUUCUCUAUGCUACUGGCUACCUGUUACUUAAGCCUUGCCCUGAGAAAAUCAAGUCCUUGCUGAUAAAUAUGGGCCUUCGAAUGCUGGACCUGGAGAAUGAGUUUACGGUCCCGAGCUUAUUGGAACCAUUCUGCCUUGCUAAUGCUGCCUACCUUGGGGGCCAAGAAAUGAUGGAGGUGGUGGAGCGAGAUAACGAAACCAUAAAGAAACAUUUACCUAAGCUUACAUUUUACUAUGGAACUAUAGAUCCUUGGUGUCCCCUCCAGUUCUAUGAAGACAUAAAGAAAGAUUUUCCUGAAGGAGAUAUUCGACUCUGUGAGAAAAAAAUACCCCAUUCUUUUGUCCUCUAUAAUUCCCAGGAAAUGGCUGAUAUGACAGGUGACUGGCUGAAGGAGGACCUGUCCAAAAUAUAAACAUUGACACAGUGAAGCGAACACAGGUAAUACAGAGGUAGCGCCUGCCUCUUAGUAGUAAGUAGCAUAUUUAGUAGGUAAUCGUUUAACUUUGAUAUUUGAUUUGAGAAGAGAAAAGAACAGUAAGAACCUCUUGGCUCAAAAACUACCAGCUCUUCUGAAACUUGUAUGAUUUGUGUCGAUCAUGCCUCUAAAAAAAAAGCUACUGGCUCGGAGGCCUCCCAUAUGCUUCAGGCUAAAGUUAACCCCUCGAUGAAAUACUCCACAGGUUCAAUGACACAUUUUCAAGACUCAGGGAACACAGUGAUCUAAACAAGGUCUCUUCCGUUUGCACAAGAUGCCCAAUGGGGCCCAACUGUCCGUCUUGGUCGGCAGGAUCCUUGCAGGCAAAAUGUAACUAAUGUAGUUGAGUUACAUUAUAGACUAGGAUCUCCUAGAGGAAAUGAGGAAAGACCCACUGGAAGAUGUGGGAGCUCGAUUGGUGGGUUUUAAGUCCGUGGCCAAGAGCAUGAAACCAGGAGAAGGACACGCUCGCGUUCCAGCGGCAGGAGGUGAUGAGCUGUGGAUCUUGGCAGUGGACUCAGCUCUCCCUUGGGACAAGCUGAAGGGGAGACCAGGCUGACUCUGCGCAGGUCCUGGCUGAGAUCAUCAGUGCCAGACGGGGCACCGAGACAGCCUGCAGGCCCACCCGCUGUGCCUUGCUGCAUGUCAGCCUUUCCUCUGGCCACCCGUGCCGCAGGCCCUGGCAGAGACGACGUCAGGGGAGGCACUGCCUGUCUCCAUCUCUGAGACUCCUCCCUGGGGUGUGCGACUCCCUGAUCUACCUGCAGGAGACUGGGUAAGGCUUGCCAGAUGUUACUCUGGUCAACUAAGCAGACAGGAGUUGUUGGAGGAUCCUGCCUACCCCUGCCACCCUGAGACUGAGCUGCAACCCAUGAGUGUGAGUGAUGAACUCCCCACAGGCUCCUCUCCAGCCCAGGAUGGGGAGGCACUGGGCUGCCCCACAUCAAACCUGUACCUGCCACAUGCAGCUGCCCUUCUGUGACUUUUUCAGGAAAACUCCACUGCAGACCAUCCAUGAGCCAGGAGCUGUGCUGGGCUUCGAGGACAGAGUUCUUAGCGAUGUUAUGAUUCUCUUCUGAAAGUCUCCUAGUCAGUUUUGAAAGGGCAUCUUUAACUGCUGAACAGAGAAUUACCACAAAUGAGCUCUCCAUUUCUGAUAAACUUUGUUAGUUGGAAAGAAAUUGUUUUAUUAGCUAACUAAGCAAACCAUUCGAUUAUAUGCAUUCGUCCUCUCUGGACACCUCGAAGGCCACAGGAAGCGCUUGCUGUGCUCUGGAGCCACUAAUAAUACUGCUGCCGUGGGCUCAGCCCUGGCACCUGCCUGUGCCUCUCCCUAGCUGCAGACUCAGCCUUGGCCCAGAUGCAUCCUCCCUUCUCCUAGAACCCCCUCAAGGUCUUAUUGUUCCCUGACAACAAGGGCACCCUGUCCUUCCUCUCAAAACCCAAAGCCCCUGAGGAAGGACUCAGCUUUGAGAUGUGUCAGCCCCAGAGCGAGUCCGACGAGAGUGCUGCAGCGAGGAGCAGGCCCAGCUCGGGCAGGGGACGCAGAUGCUCAGCCAGUGCCAGGGCUGCAUCUAGAAACCUGCUGUUCGUACGAGGGCCUGUGGCUCUGAAGCCGCACUGGGGAGAUGCUCGAGACACCGGCCGGCAGCACGGCAGUAGUUCCACCUACUGGAGCAAAGAGCAAGCACCCCAGUUUUUCUUUAAAUAUUAUUUUCCAUUUUCCAUUUUUUGAGUCUGCAGUUGUAACAUUGUACUAUGUUGGUUUUUCAGAGCCUCAAAAAAUGAUGAAAAGUAAAAUGAUUAUAUAUACUGUCCCUAAUUUCCUGUUUAUUAUCUAAGCAUUAAGUGCAUUUUCAAAAUAAAUGUUUUAGCAGCACUUCUGCCCUCGCCCAGCCUGAUCUCUGGGUGUUGGGGGAAGAAGGCUCUCUGAGCAAUUCUGAGUUCACUCGGAUGCAAGUCUCCCUCUUAGAUUGAAAAGCCACUUUCUCGGUGCUUUUUGGGAAGAAAGAAUCCGAUUUCAUCACACUGAAGUUCAUUUUAUGUCAUUAGAAAUGAAAAGAGUCAAUGUUUCCACGCGCAUGUGUGAAGUGAUCAAGUAUGUUGACUGCUGGAGCCCUCACCAUCGGCGAUUUUAGGUGCCUUCCUCUCCAUGCCUCCGUGUCCUAGUCGAUAAGAUUGGACUAGCAGUAAAGCGCCCCUCACGUUGCUGGAAGGAUUAAAUGGACUGAU